AGCACAAGACCCAGACCAACUUCAUAAUUCUCUCGCCUUUUUUUAUCCUCUAUCCUUUUCUUUUCCCUACGACUGUACAUUUUUUAUAACCUUACACCCUUUUACAAAAGCUUUUUUUUUUUUUUUAAAAAAAACUAGUUUUAUUUUUUUUACAAAUGGAGAGCAUUUCCAAGAUCGCACCUCGUGUCGCCAAGGGCACUGCUGCCCGCAACGCGGCCAAGUCCGUCCGCUCAUACUCCACGCACAAGGAGAUCAUCUUCGGCAUCGAGGGUCGCAACAAGCUGCUCAAGGGUGUUGAGACGCUCGCCAGGGCCGUCGCCGUCACUCUGGGCCCCAAGGGCCGUAACGUUCUGAUCGAGCAGCCCUUUGGCGCGCCCAAGAUCACCAAGGACGGUGUGACCGUUGCUCGCAGCAUCACCCUGGAGGACAAGUUUGAGAACCUGGGCGCGCGCCUUGUGCAGGACGUCGCCAACAAGGCCAACGAGGAGGCUGGUGACGGUACCACGACUGCAACCGUUCUGGCGCGCGCGAUCUUCAGCGAGGGCGUGAAGAAUGUUGCUGCCGGGUGCAACCCGCAGGAUCUGCGCCGCGGCGUGCAGCAGGCUGUCGAGAAGGUUGUCGAGUACCUGAAGAGCCAGGCCAAGCCCAUCACCUCCACGCAGGAGAUUGCCCAGGUCGCGACGAUCUCGGCCAACGGCGACAAGCACAUCGGUGAGCUGAUCUCGCGGGCCAUGGAGAAGGUCGGCAAGGAGGGUGCUAUCACCGUCAAGGAGGGCAAGACCAUCUCGGACGAGCUCGAGAUCACCGAGGGCAUGCGCUUCGACCGCGGGUACAUCUCGCCGUACUUCAUCACUGACACGAAGACCCAGAAGGUCGAGUUCGAGAACCCCCUGAUCCUCCUUUCGGAGAAGAAGAUCUCGAUGGUCCAGGACAUCCUGCCCGCUCUCGAGACCGCCGCGCAGCAGCGCCGCCCUCUGCUGAUCAUUGCCGAGGACGUUGACGGAGAGGCCCUCGCCGCGUGCAUCCUCAACAAGCUGCGUGGCCAGCUGCAGGUCUGCGCAGUCAAGGCCCCGGGCUUCGGCGACAACCGCAAGUCGAUCCUUGGUGAUCUGGCCAUCCUUACCAACGGCAGCGUGUUCUCGGAGGAGCUCGACCUCAAGCUCGAGAAGGCCACGCCCGAGCUGUUCGGCGCUACCGGUGCCGUCACUGUCACUAAGGAGGACACCUUCAUCCUGAACGGUGCCGGCGACAAGGAGAACAUCAACCAGCGCUGCGAGCAGAUCCGCUCUGCCAUGAACAUGGCCGGUGUCUCCGAGUACGAGAAGGAGAAGCUGCAGGAGCGUCUGGCCAAGCUGUCGGGCGGUGUUGCCGUUAUCCGCGUCGGUGGCUCGUCGGAGGUUGAGGUCGGCGAGAAGAAGGACCGCUUCGUCGAUGCGCUCAACGCCACGCGCGCCGCCGUCGAGGAGGGCAUCCUCCCGGGAGGUGGAACUGCCUUGCUCAAGGCUUCGCUGCAGCUGGCCACGCUCAAGGGCGAUAACUUUGACCAGAACCUGGGCAUUAACAUCGUCACUGAGGCCAUCCGCCGCCCCGCGCGCACCAUCGCCGAUAACGCCGGCCUCGAGGGCGCUGUUAUUGUUGGCAAGACCCUGGAGGACGGUGCCAACGACUUCAACUAUGGCUUUGACGCCGCCAAGUGCGAGUACACUGACAUGAUCAAGAGCGGUAUCGUUGACCCGCUCAAGGUUGUCCGCACCGCGCUGCUCGACGCCUCGGGUGUCUCGUCGCUGCUGACCACCUCGGAGUGCAUGAUCGUCGAUGCCCCCGAGAAGGCGGCGCCUAGUGGCCCUGCUGGCGGCAUGGGCGGCAUGGGUGGAAUGGGCGGCAUGGGCGGCAUGAUGUAAUUAAAAAAUAAUUGCCAGCAGUGUGUGUUCCUCUCUGACUUCUUUUUCCAAUAUACUCUCAAUUAAAGACAUGAAAUACUUUGUCCAACGCGUAAAUACUCGUCACAUAUUUUUUUUGCAU